AUGUUAAAAGAGGGCCACUUGAAGAAAAACUAUGAUGAACUAAAAGCAUUAAUAGAGCUUAGAAGACUUUUAAGAGAACAAAAGACCCAAAAAAAUACUUAUAUUACAGACUCAAAUACUGAAGGUAAUUUCAGUACAGAUAAUUCAUAUAUCACAGAAUUUAUAGAAGAACCUUCUAAAGCAACUGCUACAAACAAACAAAAUAUAUCUGAUGACUCUUCUAAAUCAGAAGCCUCUAUACCAACCUCAGAAAAAAAAAGAAAUCAAUGA